AUGCCAUCUCAGGAGGAGCUCGCAGAAAACCCUUUGAUGGGAAAUAUCCAAGUCCCUGAUGAGGGAGACGGUGAUGGAAAGACUUACAAUGUCGAUGACGAGGACCAAAGAUCCGUGAUUACCAGCUGGAAAGACACCUCAUUUACCCGAUACGUUCAACUGGAAACUUGCAUUCAUGGAAUCUGGAGUGAGGACGACCCAACCCCAACCACGCUGCUGGUUUUCCGCUGCGAGUUUGUCUGCAUAAAGGAUGAUCAUCGCCUGAAGUCGAUCGCCAUUCGAUGGAAAUUCGUCAACACUGAUGUAGGAGAAGAUGGAAAGGUAUCUAGUCCCAACAUUGUCGCACGCGGCCCCUAUAUGCGCGAGUGGAACGAACUUGAGGCUGAAGAGGAGGAAGGGAACGAGAUAGGCGGGGACUUGGGAGGGGAAGGAGCUGGAGCUAAGGCUGCAAUCAACCUCAAAAGAACGCACAAAUCAACAUACAAGCAGCAGUAUUUCGAGAAAGUUGUUUCCUGGCAUGACUAUAACAAUGACGAGCGUCGCCGGGAGGCUGUUUACUGGCGGUUUGCCCAAAACCACAAAAAGGACUCAGGCGUGACUCCAGUCUUUCGUACAGCCAUUCUGAUUCGACGCCAAAACAACGCAAAGUUCGACGGCAUCUUCGAGAUCACAGAAUUUGAUGGAGGAUGGAAGUAUAACCUGUCCCAGGCUUGGAAGGAUUUCACCGGGGUGCCAAAGAACGUGGACGACCCUGUGCAUUUCAACCCAGAGGCGACGGACAUUCUGCCUUCUUUCGAGGAUAAGGCAGUGAACAAACAAUCUUUGGGCCGCAUUGCGACGAUGGAGGGUAUUGAUAAGGAAUAUGCUUGGAUUUGGGGGUUGGACGUGGGUAAAGGUUGA